AUGUUUGUGCGAGGGCCGGGUACUGCCAGGGCGCCCACACCUAGACAGGAGGACGACAAGCGUCCGCCACCAGCGCCUUUGGCUCAAAAGCCCAACCGCGAGGCAACGGUACUGGGCUGGAAAUGCAAGUAUAUUUCCAUUUUUCCGGAACACGUCGCCAAAUAUGACCCAACCCGCCACCUGGUUGGCCAAGAGUCAAUGUUCUUCAGACCCCUACCCAUGCACCAACCUAUUCAAAUGCUGCUUCCCACGUGGGUAACCAUCGCCAGCACGUCGUCCGUGAUUGUCCGAACCACCCUCUACCUAUCUAUACUGUCUGCCCAAGUUCAAUUCAAUAUAUUGUACACUGCCCAAAUGCGACUACUGAACAAACGCAGGUGA